AUGCCUAAGCAAGUAGAAGUGCGGAUGCAUGAAAGUCAUUUAAGUCCAGUGGAGCACAGAUCCAGGAACAUAUGUGUGCAGUUCUGCCAGUCGCUCCACAGGAAUCUGCUCCUGACUCUUACAGUAUUCGGUGUCAUCCUAGGUGCACUGUGUGGGGGUCUUCUUCGUCUAGCAACACCUAUUGACCCUGACAUUGUCAUGUUAAUAGCCUUCCCAGGAGAUAUACUUAUGAGGAUGCUAAAAAUGCUGAUCCUCCCUUUAAUUAUCUCCAGUUUAAUCACAGGACUGUCUGGUUUAGAUGCGAAAGCAAGUGGCCGACUGGGUACAAGAGCCAUGGUCUACUACAUGUCCACCACUAUUAUUGCUGCUGUGCUGGGCGUGAUUUUGGUUUUAGCCAUUCACCCAGGGAAUCCAAAACUCAAGAAACAGCUUGGUCAAGGGAAAAAGAAUGAUGAAGUGUCUAGUCUGGAUGCUUUCUUGGAUCUGAUCCGAAACCUGUUCCCUGAAAAUCUAGUCCAAGCAUGCUUUCAGCAGAUCCAGACUGUCACGAAGAAAGUGCUGGUGCCACCACCCAUUGAAGAACCACCUAAUGUCACUGACUCUGCUUUUGCUAUGAUGAAUGAGACAGUGCGCGAAGCACCACCAGAAGCCCAGCUGGUCAUUAAGAAGGGACUUGAAUUUAAGGAUGGCAUGAAUGUUUUGGGUUUGAUAGGAUUCUUUAUUGCUUUUGGCAUUGCUAUGGGGAAAAUGGGAGAACAGGCCAAGAUGAUGGUGGAUUUCUUCAAUAUCCUGAAUGAGAUUGUAAUGAAGUUAGUAACUAUGAUCAUGUGGUAUUCCCCUUUGGGCAUUGCUUGCCUCAUCUGUGGGAAAAUCAUUGCAAUCAAGGACUUAGAAGUAGUUGCUAGACAACUUGGCAUGUACAUGGUCACUGUGAUUGUGGGUCUUGUCAUCCAUGGAGGAAUAUUCCUGCCUCUGCUCUACUUUGUGAUAACAAGGAAAAGCCCAUUUUCAUUCCUUGCUGGGAUUUUCCAGGCGUGGAUCACAGCACUAGGCACAGCUUCCAGUGCUGGAACAUUACCUGUCACAUUCCGGUGUCUUGAAGAAAAUCUAGGCAUUGAUAAGCGUGUAACAAGGUUUGUGCUUCCUGUUGGAGCAACUAUUAACAUGGAUGGAACUGCCCUUUAUGAAGCUGUGGCUGCCAUCUUCAUAGCACAGAUGAAUGGAAUUGAGCUGGAUGGAGGCCAGAUAGUUACUGUGAGGUCAUUUGACAGCACCCUUGCAAGUGUUGGAGCUGCCAGUAUUCCCAGUGCGGGACUUGUCACUAUGCUUCUGAUCCUUACUGCAGUGGGUCUCCCUACCCAGGACAUCAGUUUGCUUGUUGCUGUUGACUGGCUUUUGGACCGGAUGAGAACGUCAGUCAAUGUAGUGGGGGAUUCUUUUGGUGCUGGCAUUGUCUACCACCUUUCCAAGGCAGAACUUGACACCAUUGAUUCCCAUCAUAAAGGGCAUGAAGACAUUGAAAUGACCAAGACUCAGUCGAUCUAUGACGACAUGAAAAAUCAUAGGGAAAACAACUCAAACCAAUGUGUUUUUGCAGCUCACAACUCAGUCAUAGUAGAUGAGUGCAAGGUAACACUGGCAACCAAUGGCAAAUCUGCAGACUUCAGUGUUGCUGAAGAAGAGCCAUGGAAACGUGAAAACUAA